CCCUGCCCCCCGCACCACCCCUUUCAGUCAGUCAGCAAAGUUCUGCCAGGUCCUGUUUCAGACUCUGGGGUAACAGUCAGAACGGCUUAUAUUCUGGUGGGGAGGUAGACAGAAAAUGAGGUACACAAAUACAUAACUAAGAUAGUUUCGGGCAGUGGCAACUGUUAGGAAGACUGCGAUGUGGGGUGGUGUAACAGAGGGUGGUCAGAGAGGUCCCACGGGGAGCGACUUAUGAGCUGAGAUCUAAAUAAGGCACUGCCUCCUAGAGUGCUGGGGAAGAGGGGUCCACGGAGGAGAAACAGCCAGGGCCCUGGCCUGAGGCCAUGAAGCUGGUGAGCUUGGGGCACAGCCAGUGUGAGCGGGGCAGGUGGAGCUGAGGUCUGGGGCGGAUGGGCAGGGUCCAGGUUCUGGGCUGCUGGGACGAGAUUGGGUCCCAUUUCCUUGGGAAUCUAUAAGUUUCCUCCUACCCCGCCCUACUGUACUUAUUUAUUUCCCCCUCUAUUUCUUUGGUAUCAUUUAAUCUGUGAAUAUCUCAGCUUGUAUCUCUAAAAUGUAAGGCGUCCUUUGAAAAGUAUGUACCAACCACAAUACAUCAUCACAUUUAAAAAUAUUAACUGUAAUUCCUUAAUAUCAUGGAAUAUUCAGUUAGUGAUCACAUUUCGGGGGAGAGUUUCAAGGGCAGGAACACGGCCCAGUCUGCCCCUUACCGCCUCAGUCCUGGUUCCAGGAAGGCUGGAGCCCCCGGAUUCCUAAGCAUCACAGCAGAGGGGCAGAAAGACCACAUACUCACCCACUGAGGCUAACCCUGAAGGCUGGUGCUGACGGGCAUCUGCAUGAACGCCUGCCCCUGUAGUGAGUGCUCAGCAUGUGCUAGCUCAUUGGUGUUACAAAAGCCCAGGAACUAGGCACAGUUGGCAGGAUCCCCAUCCAACACAUGGCACAGAGAGGUUGUGCCACCUGCCCAAGGUCACACAGCUGGUAAGUUGCAGAGGCAGGAGCUCAGCGUGGGCGACAGGGGAGAGGGGGGGUCUCAGGCUGAGUGUGGACACUGUUCUUCACAUUAUCUGGCAUUUUCAUUCCUUCUCAGCACCCGAUUUGGUGAAUAGUGUAUGGUUUUAAACUCCCAGUUUUAAAUCCUUAGCUGAAUAUUUAAAACCAAAAGGCCAAACGUUCUCCUGCAAAACUGCCCUGGGUGCAAACCUGCCACCUUGCCUUAGCUUCCUGGAGCUCUGUGAAGCUUCCUGGACACGGUCAUCAGAGCAUGGAACAGAUGGGAAAAUGAGGUUUGGGAGAGCGAGGCCUUGCCCAAGGUCACAGCUGAUGAUGACCUGCCCCUGAUUGGGCCUGUUGACUGUUGGGCAGUGCUGGGUGCCAGGUGCAGGACUGGUGCUCGAGACAGAGCAAGGGGGUGGGUGCAGAUGUGAUGCCAGGCAGCAGAGACUCUCUGGCUUUCGCUGCAGAACACCCUUUCCUCAACCUCAGCAAACACCCCGCUAUGGUCACUGGGUGGGGACAAAGGUCCGCAGAGGUGGCCCUGUCACAGCCAGACACUGUUGACUCUCCUUGGACACCGGACCCAGCAUGGCCUUCAGCUUCCCCCUCUCCUCUCUGCUGACGUUCUCUGAGCCCCUCCUGGGCACCAGCUGCCUCACCAGGAGCUGGGGACACAGCCGCGACCCGACGGCCCAGCCUGCCCUCAUGGAGCCGCUGGUCCAGUAGGGAGACGGGCGUGAGCUGGGCCUUCCCGAGGUGACAGAGUUCUCCCGUGAGCCAGGAUGGACGCAGGACCCAGGCGUUCGGCAGUGGGAGGCUGUGGCUGGCCACGGAGCGGGGUCAGGCGCCCCCGAGGUGGCGGGAGCGUGCUGCCCUCCUGACUGGGCCUCCUCCUUCCUCUCCGCAGCCGCCCCGGCACGGCCAGGCCAGCAUGGUGGACCACUUGCUUCCAGUGGACGAGACCUUCUCGUCGCUGAAGUGCCCCGUUGGCUAUCUGGGUGACAGGCUGGCUGGCGGGCGGGCAUACCACAUGCUGCCCUCGCCCCUCUCGGAGGACGACAGUGACGCCUCCAGCCUCUGUUCCUGUGCCAGCCCUGACUCGCAAGCCCUUUGCUCCUGCUACAGCGGCGGCCCCGGGGCCGAGGGCCAGGACAGCAUCUUGGACUUCCUGCUGUCCCAGGCCACGCUGGGCGGCGGCGGUGGUGGCAGCGCUGGGGCCAACGGCGGCCCCAUGGCCUGGGGGACCUGGCGGAAAGCACCGGCACCUGUGAAGGGGGAGCAUUUCUGCUUCCCCGAGUUUCCUGUGGGAGACCCCGAUGACGUCCCAAGGCCCUUCCAGCCCACCCUGGAGGAGAUCGAAGAGUUUCUGGAGGAGAACAUGGAGCCAGGGGUGAAGGAGGCCCCAGAAAGCAACAGCAAGGACUUGGAGGCCUGCGGCCAGCUCUCCGCCGGGCUCCACAGGAGCCACCUCCAUCCUGGGGCCGGUGGGAGAGAGCGCUGUGCCCCCCCACCGGGAGCUGGUGUGAGCGGCAGCCAGAGCCCGGGUGGAGGUCCCGCCCCCGACGGCCCCAUCCCCGUCCUGCUGCAGAUCCAGCCGCUGCAGGUGAAGCAGGAGUCUGGCGCCGAGCCCGUCUCCCCCGGGCAGGCCGCUGAGAGCGUCAAGGUGGCCCAGCUCCUGGUCAACAUCCAGGGGCAAACCUUCACGCUGGUGCCCCAGGUGGUGCCCUCCUCCAGCUUGAACCUGCCCUCCAAGUUCGUGCGCAUCGCCCCUGUGCCCAUCGCCGCCAAGCCCAUUGGGUCGGGACCCCUGGGGCCCGGCUCCGCCGGCCUCCUCAUGGGCCAGAAGUUCCCCAAGAACCCGGCAGCAGAACUCAUCAAAAUGCACAAGUGUACUUUCCCCGGCUGCAGCAAGAUGUACACCAAAAGCAGCCACCUCAAGGCCCACCUGCGCCGGCACACGGGCGAGAAGCCCUUCGCCUGCACCUGGCCGGGCUGCGGCUGGAGGUUCUCGCGCUCGGACGAGCUGUCCCGGCACCGGCGCUCGCACUCGGGCGUGAAGCCCUACCAGUGCCCCGUGUGCGAGAAGAAGUUCGCGCGCAGCGACCACCUGUCUAAGCACGUCAAGGUGCACCGCUUCCCCCGCAGCAGCCGCGCGCCUCGGCCCUGACCCUGACCGGGCCGGCGCCGCCCGCCCACCCGCCCCGCCCGGUACUUUGUAGCAAUAAAUUAUUGGCCUCCUUCAGAGGGACUUGUCGACGUUCCAGGCCACCUUCUGGAGCCCGGGAUGCGGACCCAGCGCCUCCACCCGCCCCCGCCUGGGGGGGGCCCGGAGGCGGCCUGGGGGCCCUAGUGCCUUCCUGCGGCCUGGCCCCUCCCCCGCUGGGCUCCCGGCCUGGGCCAGGGCUAGCGCUCGAUUGCUGGGGAAGAAGAAAUGUGCAGUUUUGAAAUGUCAGUUCCCGGAGGGAGCCGUGCCGGGAAGAAGGAAGUAGGCCAGAAGUCCGGGGCUGCACUGGAGUGUGAGCGUGGCUUCGUCCCUUGGCCUGACCCCUGGAGGGUACGGUGGGGCGGUCUGGGGUGCAGGACCUGGCCUCCGGGUGGAUGUGGGAUUGGGUGACAAGCCCCCUCUCGGUGAGGUGGCAGUGCAUGUGCUUGAGUUAAAUGUGCCGGGCAGACGGACAGGUGCAGGUCUGCCCCAGGGCGAUGGUACCGGUGUGGCUCAGCCCCUCAUCCUGUUUCCAGACAAAUCCAGACAGCAGCCUCCGGGGUCACCUUCAGGAGGAGAGGGGAGCCGCUGCAUUGCGUGUAGAAGAGCUAGAUAGAGCCUCCCAAAAUCCUGAUUUAGAAAUGCAUUCCUUAUUUUGUCUAGAAAUUAAUAUCAAAUGAACUAGCUUGUUUUGAGAGGUUUAUUUCACAUCCUAUGAAUGUAUGUAAAUAAAAUGUACAUAGGUGCAUCUACAUAAAAUCUUUUAAUAACAUGUCAACAUUGUGUAAAUUUGAAAUAAAAUCUAUAAAGCUGGUGUACAUAUGUUACAAUUAUAUAUAUUUUCUUUGGU